AUGCUCAGAAAGAUCCACUCCCUCUUCAACUCCAGCCCGCAGAGGAAGGCGGCCGAGAGCCCCUAUUAUGACGGGGCCAGCCCCGCGGUGAAGCUGAUUCGAAGCAGCUCCAUGUACGUGGUCGGGGACCACGGGGAGAAAUUCAGCGAGUCCUUGAAGAAGUACAAGAGCACCAGCAGCAUGGACACCAGCAUGUUCUACCUGCAACAGGAGGAGGACCGGGCGUGGAUGUACUCGCGCACCCAGGAUUGCCUGCAGUACCUGCAGGAGCUGCUGGCUUUGCGCAAGAAGUAUCUCAGCAGCCUCAGCGACCUGAAGCCCCACCGUGCCCAGGGCGUCUCCUCGACCUCCUCCAAGUCCUCCAGGGGAGGGAAGAAGGCCACCGCCCAGCCCGCUCCCAGAGAAGGGAAGAACAAGGCAGCCCUGAAGAAAUACUCCCAGUUCAGCGCCGACGUGGCUGAGGCCAUGGCCUUCUUUGACGCCAUCAUUGCAGAGCUGGACACAGAGAGACGGCCCCGGGCUGCUGAGGCUGACCCGCCCAAUGAAGACGUGGACUUUGAUGUGGCCACCAGUUCCCAGGAGCACAGCCUGCAUUCCAACUGGAUCCUGCGGGCGCCGCGUAGACACUCAGAGGACGUCGCCGCCCGCGCCGCACACACCAUAGAUGGCCAAUUUCGAAGGAGCACGGAGCGCCGGGCCAUCGGCACUCAGAGGCGGCUGGAGAGGCACCCCAUCUAUUUGCCCAAGGCUGUGGAGGGGGCGUUCAACACCUUGAAAUUUAAGCCCAGAGCCUGCAAGAAAGACCUGGGGAGCUCCAGACAGAUCCUCUUCAACUUCUCAGGAGAAGACAUGGAGUGGGAUGCAGAGCUCUUUGCACUGGAACCUCUGGUGCCUCCGGGGGAGGACUACUACGAGACCGAGAACCCCAAAGGGCAGUGGCUGCUUCGAGAAAAACUCUGGGAGCGGACAGUGCCCUGACCCCAUCCGGCUUCCUUGACUUGUCUCAUUCUGGGUCCCUGAGAAGGUGUCUGCUAUUAGCGCAGCACGAGGUGUUUGGUGGCGUUAAGUAUGCAAAUUGUAACACAAUCAGACCCCUCGACACACUGCCUGCUGGUGUCCUGCUAGUGCCAAACAGACCUGUGGUUUCCCAGAGGACAGACCUCGGGAGACUUGGACCCUGGGUUUCCCUGCAUGGGCAGGUUGGCAGGGAUUUGCAGCCUGUCUGGUCUCCAAGAGCAGUGGAUGGAAGGUCUUGAGAGGAGCGUCUGGGCUCAUUCCUCUGGCCCACCUGGCCUGGUCCUUGUUCUCCAGGUGUGUUCGUCC